AUGCCAAAUGUUCCUGACAACUACACUUCAGGAUUGAACAAUCAAUUGAUAAUGAAGGAACUUUCGUAUGAUCGGGCUAUCUUAAAAAAGGAACUUGCAGCUUCCCUAAAAUCUUUAACUGAUGAACAGCGAAAAGUGUAUCAAACCGUAAUGAAUGCAGUUGUUAAAGGAAAUGGAGGAGUUUUCUUUCUAUAUGGUUACGGUGGAACUGAUGGUGGUAGAACGGCUCAUUCCAGGUUUGUAAUUCCGAUAAAUGUUAACGAGGAUUCUAUAUGCUCUAUUGAACCAAACAGUGAGCUAGGAGGCUUAAUCAAACAAACUAAGAUGAUAAUCUGGGAUGAAGCGCCAAUGACACAUAAGCAUUGUUUUGAAGCUCUGGAUAGAACAAUGAGAGAUAUAGCCCGUUCCUAUAAUCCGUCCUUGCAGAACAAACCUUUUGGUGGAAAGAUUGUGCUUUUUGGCGGUGAUUUUAGACAAAUCCUUCCAGUCAUUCCAAAAGGUACCACAAGCAUGAUUGUAAAUUCUUCAUUGAAUUCUUCUUAUAUAUGGCAGGAUUGUCAGUUACUCAAGUUAACUGAAAACAUGAGGUUAAAAAUGGGUACCAAAUCAAGUAAUUUUAACGAGACCAAGGAAUUUGCUGAAUGGAUUUUAAGGCUUGGUGAUGGUCUACUUGGUGGUCUAAAUGAUGGAGAAGUGGAAAUUGAAAUUCCAGAUGAUUUACUUAUACUCGAUGCCGUCAAUCUUAUAUCUUCAUUGAUCGCUUUCACAUAUUCGGAUAUGCAAAAGUUUUUAUGCAAUUCAAAUUACUUCCAACAAAGAGCCAUUCUUGCACCCACAAAUGAAGUUAUGGAUUCAAUAAAUACAGAACUGUUAAAUAGUAUGCCUGGUGAAGAAAAGAUAUAUCUCAGUUCAGAUACUUUAUGUGAGUCUGAGGAUCAAACCGACCUUAACAUGGCAUUGUUUCCUCCGGAUGUAUUAAACAAAUUGCAUCUAUCAGGAUUAUCUAACCAUAAAUUGGUUCUCAAAGUUGGAGCUCCGGUAAUGUUACUUAGAAACAUUGAUCAAACAAAUGGUCUGUGUAACGGUACACGACUUCAAGUAACAAAACUUGGAAAACUUGUAAUUGAAGCAAAGAUUAUUACUGGAAAUAAUAUAGGUCAUCAUACUUUGAUUUCAAGAUUGAAAAUGACACCGUCCGAUAAAAGAAUACCGGUGAAAAUUGCACGAAGACAGUUCCCAUUAUCUCUAUGCUUUGCAAGGACCAUCAACAAAAGCCAGGGAUAA